AUUUACCUCCGAAUGCCUGCGUCUGACAAGAAGAUACCCCUUGCUUCUCAGCCUCAUGGACCCAGUCACGCUCAGACAGUGAAAGAGAAAUGAUGCCCGUCUGGAAUGAAAGCAAAAAGGUCCGCAAUAGUUUAGGAGAACAAGGACAACAAAAUCCGAUUAACAGUGAGCGCAGGAGGAUCGAACUGCAGAGUGACCUACUGACCUUUCAGAGAGACCAGCGUCUUAGCAGGGCAGUGCGGCUGCAGUGGCGAUGGCAGGAGUUGAGUGAGCGAGAGCGACGAGCUCAGCAGCAGAACAAACAGCUGCUGCAGGAGUUUGAGAGAGCCCAGGACACACUGAGGGACAUGGUCGCCCGCACCGCAGCCAUGAACACUAUACGAGUAGAGUAUGAGAAGUAUCUGGAUGAUAACUACCCCAGAUGGCAGCAGGAACUCAAGGAGAAGACCUUGUCUGCCCAGAGAAAGAGGAUGGAGCAACACUUGGGGAGCAUAAGGAGGAUGGAGGAGAAGACUGUUACAGGGUCCCCUAUCAGUGCUAAAGCUCCGCUUUCCCAAACUCAAGUUCCUCAAACUCAGAAUGGCCAACAGGACUGCAGCUCCCACUCAUUUCAGUCUUCCUGGUUGACACAUGCUCGCUACCAAUUGGCCAGUCCACAUACCAUGCUGUCCUUUAACCCCAAGAGGACCCAAGUCUCCUAUCACACCCCUGAAUCUCUCCACCCUCCUCCCCAUUUCCACCCCUUCCACCCGCCUCAGCCAUUCCAAUACCCUCACCCUUCCUCCAUUCCAAUUCAGCCCCAAACUGUAACCCAGCAGAGCUCUACAAUGUGGCCUCCCCAGGGAGAGUACCCCCUGGACUGGGCUGGCAGGGUGCCUGUUUUCCCUUCCAGGACUCAAUUUGGCUACCAGAGCUCCAUGGCUGGUCCAUCAAUAUCAGAUCCCCAGGGGUGGGCAGUGGUUGAGGGUGUUAGAGUGGAAGAGGAGAUCAAGGAGGGUAACCCAGUGGCCAGAAUUGAGGGAGAGAGCAGUGAUGGGCACAGACCGAGAGGCAAUGACCAGUCCCAUGAACUGGACAUCAAACCAGUGCGUCUGUCAAGUGGCCAUGGAGAAAGCAGUGAGUGUAGCAGGGCCUCCGGUCGGGCCAGUGGGGAAAGCGAUAGUAGGACGAGAAGGAAGAAGAGGGAGCAGAAGGAAGGAAGAGUGAAACAGAGCUCUGCAGACAGGGAGGAGACCGGUCUGUCCUCAGGAAGGUCUGUAGUGGGCCCAGAUGUGGAGGCCUCAGCAUCCAGUGCAUCUGGGGCGCACAGCUCCGAAGGUGACGAUGCAACAUCAGGGGGAGGAAGCACGAGGAGCAGGCGGAGUACAGGGCCGUCUGCAAAACAGCCAAAGAGGAGAGGCGAGAAGGCCAAAAGCAAGGGAGAAGAGACAGGGAGUCCUGUGCAAGAAUCAGAGAGGCAUAGGGAGGAGUCAGACAGCCUGGGGGGGGAGUCAGGAAGUGUCAGUGUGAAGUUAAUAGGAUGUGAAGAAGAGGUUGAGGAAACAGAAGAAGAACAGGAGAGUUUGGGUGUAGAGGGGGGGACAACGGGGGAGGAGGUAAUGGAAGAACAGAAUGGUGAUGACGAGGAGAAUAGUGAGAGAGUCAAAGAAGAGGGCGAGGAAGGAGAAGUGGAUGAGGAAUCCCCUCGGGAUGAAGAGGAAGAAGGGAGAGAGGAACUUGAUGAAGAGAGACAGGAAGGGGAGGAAGAAGUAGAACAGAUGCACGGGGAGAAUGCUGAUGAGAGGGAAGAUUUGUCUGAUGGAGAGAAGAAACAGGAGGCAGGUGAGGGAGCUGAGGAUGAAAAGGAAGAGGAUGAGGAGGCAUCAGCAGGGGAGGAACCUGUAGAGGAAGAGGAGCAAUCUAGUCAGGAAGCAGAGGAACUGUCAAAAGAAGUAGAUCAUGAAGAGGAGAGAGAGUCAGAUGAUAGUAUCAUCUUACCUAAAGAGCACAGGCCUGCAGAAAACAGGCCCAUCUUGGCGGAGGAGGAGGAAGGAAUGAUUGGUGAUGAUAAUCAGGGUGAUGAUGAUCAUGGUGAAGAUGCCAGACUUGAGAAGGGUUAUUCCUGGUCUGGAGAUCCUACCCAUGCUUUUCAAGAUGAACACGAUGAUAUUGAAAGUCUUCUCGCCCCACAAUUAGAGACACAGAAGAAACUGGAGAAAGAACAGCUAGCACCUAACGGUAAAUCCAAAGGUAUGAACAUUACAAUCAUUGUGGUAGAAAUAUAAAUAGAUAUAAAUAAUACUAAUGCUAAUAAUCACCUAUAAUUGUCAUGUGUUUUUCAGCCAGAGCUGGAGACCUGAAUAGUUUCUCUGAGGAGGACCUGAAGGAAAAGACAGAGGCCAGUCCAGUCGCCCGGAACACUGAGUCCGAUGAUGAGUUUGAUGACUUCUAUGAUUGACUGUAACAGACUUUCAAUUCUGCACACUAUGCACACUGUUGCUUAAACCCAUUACAGUUUAUUAUAAACAUAUCCCUUCAUCCCUCCCUUUAUCAUACAAAAU